AUGUUCAAUUUAAGUCUAGUUCAAAGUUUGAGUUGCAUUGUUGAAAAAACCAACUUGACUAUGGUACUUGGUGUGGUGGAUCCGUCUUCCUUAUUGUUGCCUCCCAAGGGUGAACGCCAUGACAAACGCCUGCCACAAACCUCAAAAGCUCGAUUGCAACGUAUUUGCCGCUCGGUGGCUGACUCCACCGGCUCGGGGUUCGUCUAUGGCACCAUGUUUGGGUCAGUUCUGGCGGUGGUGGAAGGAAUGCGAACAGCUCCAAAGCAUCAGAGGCUUAACGGUGCAUUGCAUCAUGCCAAGGUCUUCGUACCAGAAACGGCGGGUCGAAUUGCAAUGGUCACGUGUUUGUUUCGAGUCGCAGCGUUUGGGAUCGAGGAGCUUCGCGAUAAGAGAGAUAUGUGGAAUACGUUGAUGGCUGCACCUGUUGCAGGGGCGAUGGUGAAGGUUCGACAAGGACCGAAGGCGGCGUUGAAUAGUGCGAUUGUGUUCGGAAGCUUCGCAGCAGUGGUGGUCGCGUUUAAUUUGAUGGAGGCGAAGCUGAUGCACGAGAAAAGUUCGCCAGAAGAGGUACUGGAAGAGAUCGCGUUUGCAGAGGAAAUGACUGACUGUUAG